UGCUUUGGUUCACUUUAAAAUACAUUUUACUUUCUGUGUUGAUGCUAAUAACAAGGGUUGUUAGUGUUAUUAGAGUCAUUCGACUUUAUACUUUUUUUAAUUUGUGAUUUUGUUUCAAUGUAUUUCUUAGGAUUACUGGUAGUAGAAAUAGGAGGAGUAGAAGUUGAAUUCGUUUUAUUUCUAUACCUGUGUUUUUUAUAACUUGGUACAGUCUCUAAAACUCAAAAUCUUUAUGUAGAAAACAUAUUUUGCAUUGUUCUGAUGAUGAGUCUUCAGGGUGAUGAUGAUCUACCUUCAGCAUAAUAGCAACAAAAUAAAUUUUGUGCUAAUCUAAAAAAUUAAGACAUAUUAAUCAGAAAAGAACUUUGGCUGAAAAGCAUUGCCUUUUUUUCCAUUCUAAAUGAGAGAGUCUCUUUACAGGAAGAAGAGCUGGAUAUUCUGGUGGUUGAUGCCUUUUAUGUCUUAUUACAUGCUUUAUCAGAAUUGUCUGUCGGAACAGUAUUGCUGUCAGACUGCAAGCAAUAUAUCAGCUACAAUAAGUCGUAAUCAGGCCGAGUGUUGUAUGAAUUACACAGAUAGUGUUUUGAACGGGGGAAACCUCAAUGACACUUUGAGAGCCAUUUGGACUCUAGAGAAGGUUCUAGAGAGAACAGAGGUGAAUGGGAGCAUGCAAUUGUAUGUAAAGACUUUUGUCGCUCUUCUGCACAAACCCAGUGGUCCCUUCGGAGGCCUUGAAAUUUAUGCCAAUGACACAAAGGUAACACCAGAUGUGCCUCUUCUCAACAGUAAAGUCAUUGUCCAGCUGCCAAGAGAACUGGGUGCUGGACCGAAUAACACGUUUGUGUUCUGCAUGUUUAAAUGGCCUGAAACAAAUAAGAGCGUUUUUGAAAGCCCACAUGAAGUAUAUGAUCAAAGACUGGUUGGUCUGAGUGUGCAGGGCAAGAAGAUAUCAGGACUGCAGGAGCGCAUCAACAUCACGAUGGAGUUUACCAAGAAAAUUGACGAAACUCAAAAACCCUCGUGUCAAUUCUUUAAUUAUUCAACAUACACUUUUAGAGAGGAUGGCUGCGUCACACACUGGACACAUCGUCAGAAUAACAUCACCUGUUCCUGCAACCACCUCACAUACUUUGGUAUCCUCAUAAUACCUGAUCCCUCCAUCACAAAGAAAGACCAAGAGAUUUUAACACACAUUACUGUGAUUGGCUGUAGUAUUUCCCUUUUUACUUUGGUCAUAGCCAUUUUGCUCUUUAUUACAAACAGAAAACUCAGACAAGAUGUCUCUAUGAAGGUCCACAUCAACCUUGUAAUUGCCCUGAUGCUCCUCAACCUGCACUUCCUGCCCAGUCAGGCAGGGGCAGCAGGGUCUUCCUCUGGACUUUGCUUAUACAUGGCUCUUUUACUUCAUUAUUCUCUGCUAGCCACUUUCAGCUGGAUGGCCUUGGAAGGUUUCCACUUAUAUCUUCUCUUAGUCAAAGUCUUCAACAUCUAUGUCAAGAAAUACCUGCUCAAACUCGGCGUGGUCGGAUGGGGUGUCCCUGCCAUGAUUGUGUCAGUGGUGGUGAUCAUAGACAGAACGUUUUAUGGCCUUACCCCUGUGGACGCAUCUAACUCCUCCAGUACUGCAAUAUGUUAUAUAACCAAUGACAAGGUAAAGUGGACUACAGUGGGAUUGUUCAGCUUGGUGUUCCUCUUUAAUGUAAUCAUGUUUGGGGUGACAGUCAGACAAGUUUUUAUUCUCCACCACACCAGAGGGUUUGGGCAGAAUAACCUUGACAAAUUCAAGAAAGACAUUUGCUCCCUGGCUGGAGUCAUGACUCUGCUCGGUAUUACCUGGGGCCUGGUCCUUUUUUCAUUCGGUCCCCUGACCACUCCUGCCCUCUACCUCUUCUGCAUCUUGAACUCCCUGCAAGGUUUCUUCAUCUUCCUUUGGUUUGUGAUGUCACUGAGAAAGGUUAAAACCUCAGCUACUAAGAUGAGCAGUGAAACACGCAGCACUAACGGCUAGUUUAAACACUAGUAGCAACAACUUAAUAAGAGUCUGUGUGUGUCAGUAUAAUUCAUAUUGUAAUACAGUGACAACAUGAUUAUGUCCUCUUUAAAUCAUGAUGUUUAUUUAUACAACAGCACAUACAACAGUUUAUUUAUACAAGGCAGGUGAGCGAGAGUGAAUAUUAAUGUUAUGUUUGAAACUUUAUUGAUGAAAUACCUAAAAUCUUUGUGGUGAGGAAUUAAUCUCUCCUAAGAGCAACUUAGAGGAUGUGUUCCCUUUGCAUUGUAAGCUUUUCUAUAUGGUUUAUAAUUUCUGUCUCCCAUAUUUCCAACAACCAUAUCCAUAGUCACAUUCUGUGUAUGCUACCGUUGUAUAUAGUGUAUUAUCUUACGCAUUUUAUAUUUGUUUCUAUUUUAUUUGUAUUUUUUGUAUUUUCCUUCAGCUAUCUGUACCUGAUAAAGCAAAAAUUUUGCCACCGUGGGAUCAAUAAAGUCUUAUCUUAUAUAUAUAUGUACAUUAUAAGUUUGUAUCCGAACAUAUAUUCUUGUAUACCUGUGUUCCCAAUAUUAAAAGCAUAAUGCUUGUUUUGCUGUUAGGAAAACAAUUCUGUUUUACUGAGUUUAUUACUAAAACAGAAGUAACGUUAAAUCAAUCAGAUCUAAAAACAGUUCCAACUUGAUUCCUUAAAAUCAGCUGAUUUUUAUUUAUUUGUAGAAUACCUUUGUAAUGUAAUGUAGCCAGACAGAAUUUUCCUUUCAUAAACUAGUAAAAUUUAGAGUUGUAGCCAUCUAAAGCCAAAAUCUUGUUUCAUUCCCUCACAUCCUUUUUGUCUAAACAACUUUGAGCAUCAACAUGGGAUGUAUCACAGUUUUAGUAUAAAAACUGCACCAUUUUAAUACCUGUAAUACCAUUAGUUAAUAUAAACAAACAAAUAUGUACGCUAUUUGAACUUUAAGAUAAUUUAUUGGAGAACCUUUCAAAAGGUACAUUUUGGGUGCAGUCCCAAGAGUCACAUCACCAAUAUCCUGACCGAAAUUAAUUAUGACAUUUUUUUUUAUUUUUUUUACCUACUUUUGAUAUCAUGCCAAUAUUUUCAUUCUCUCUGUAUCUAAACAGUUUUCUAAUAUACUUUUAUAUGUGAGUCCGUAGUGGCCGUCCAGCCUUCUGAUACUGCCAUUUCUUGAUGAAUUUUAAACAAAUGGCAGCAUUGUUUUUUUUCCAAAGGUCACCACUGUAAAUAAAAAUAUAUUCUCAAUGUCUGGUUAAAUGAAUAAGAUAUACUUAUGUAAUAAAU